AUGCGGACGCGUCCUGUGUUGUUGAUGCCGGGUUUCGCAUCAUCACAGCUGCAAUCCUGGAGCCAUCGUCGCUGCGAGACCGGGUUCCGCAAGAAUUUGUAUCGGGACAUCAAAUUCGGCGACCGCGUCUGGGUUGAUGUGGCGCGCGUAUUGGCGCAAAGCGACUGCUGGAUCCGCUGCAUGAAGCUGGACAUCACGACGCAGGAGGAACUCGAGUGCAAGUUGCGAGCUGCACAAGGCCUGGAAGCGGUGUCUGAGCUGGAUCCGGGCAUCGUUACAGGUCCAUUAUCGACGGUGUGGCGCAGUAUCAUUCACGAUCUGGUGGACCACUUCGAGCUGGACCCGGAUCAAUUGGUGGUCGCCACUUACGACUGGAGACUGCCACCCAGUAAGCUGCAGGAACGUGAUAAAUACUUCUUUUCGCUCAAAAAGAAAAUUGAGUACACGGUGACGCUGGACGGCAACAAUGGGGGACUUGUCGUGAUUGCGCACUCGAUGGGCAACGGCGUCUUCCGCUAUUUCCUCGAGUGGCUGAAGGAGGAGGUGGGGAGGAAUAACUGGCAGAAAUGGAUUGAUGCCCACAUCUCGGCGUAUUUCGCAGUCGGAUCGCCACUACUCGGAAGUGCCGAGUCAAUGGAGCUCAUCACUUCAGGGAUUACGGAAGGGUUACCAAUCACGCAGAGCGAAAUGCGCAAACUCGUGGUUUCGUUUGGCUCCAUCUUGAGCUUCAUGCCGAUCCCUUCUGGUUUAAAUUCGCCCAAGGACGAUGAAGUGCUUAUUACAGUGCGCGCUCAGCAGGGAAUUAUCCCCAGUGACGACCCAGUGCUGUCUCGCAACUACACCAGCGCUGACAUUGCAUCAGGUCAGCUUUUCCGCGAUAUGUCUGCACACGACCCGAUCUUCGGUAAAUUGGAGACUCUGCGCCAGAAAUUCUACGUGGAUGACCCCGUUCUCGACUUCUUUAAACCUUGGGAACGUCCUCCGAUUGCUUCUGUCUACAGUGUUUACGGCGUCAAUGUUCCGACUAAGAUAUUUUACGAGUAUGAAAAUGCAGAAACACCUGGCCACUGGUUCCAGGUGCAGUUCACGAAUGAAGAAGGCCACGAGCAAACCUGCAGCAAGACGGGAGACGGCACUGUGCCGUAUCAUUCGCUCUCAUAUGCGCACACGUGGCUGGGCUCUAAGGGCUCUUCAGUGCGUGUCACCCAGACUCCACAAUCCGUUUACUUCUCGGCCGAAAACAUCACGCGAGUUCGUGCUGUACGACACGCAAGCAAUCACCACGCGGAAUACUCGCUGUUGAAUGGCAACUUGCCCAUUUGCGAGGCAGACGACGCAUCCUCUUCUUUCAGUGGCACCGCAGGCUUCUUCGCUGGGCUCUUCGGGCCACUUAACCGCGACAGGAUCACAUUCUUCGAGAGCUCCAAGGAAGUGGAUGGAGUUGCUCAAUCGACGGGUGUGUGGGAAAUCGAUGGAGUGGGUCAUCGUGAUAUUCUCUCCAACCCAGCAUUUCUGCGCGAGCUACGCGCCGAGUUGCGUCACAUUUUCAAUGGCAAAACCAACUCGGACAAGUCCUCUCGCCCGCCAGUCAUCGACAGUGACUGCUACUGGAACUAUCGUCACGCGCACUGCGAGUUUCCAGAGUUCUGUGAAUACCGCUACGUCUUCGGAGACAUAACGUUCGACCAAUCCUGCCGUGUUCGUCUGAAAAGAACGCUACCAGCGCCUUCGACACCCGCAACUCCGUUCCUGGGUGUCUCGGCAUCGACACCAAGCAAGGAGCCAGUUGAGCUCUCAUUAUCCGGACCAUACUGCUCAGCUCCAUGCCUGCCUAUUUCGUCCUCAUCAAGGGACAUCACAAUGUCUUCUUCCUCUAAUUUCAACGGCCUCGGCUCUCUUCAACAAGAGCCGCUGCAAACAUGA